AUGGAUUCCCGAAAGCCCACAACCAGAACGGUCGCGCAAAGAAAAGUCUAUGGCAAACGACGCACCAAUGCACCCAGAGCGGUGUUUGAGCAGAAGAGUCCAGCAAGAAUGAUCCCAGUCCCCAAGGACAUGAAUGACAGUAUAGAGGCUAUCCAGACGAAACUGGCCGAAGUGUCAAUCAAGGACGAACCGGUCUCUCUGCAGCAGGAACCCGACACCAAGCUCCAACAGGAUAAGACAGAGCAAGAAACCAACUCCACAGCUGCUUUAUCAGUCGACGAACCACCCAGCCCUGCGGCCACACAAAAUGUUCUCGACUUUGCGAGCGAACAAUCCUCCUCUUCAGCGCCGCCUGCGAAACCGAAAAAUUAUGAGACAAUGCUGGAGGUCCGGAUCUGCACAAAGCCGGCAAAGAAGACACCUUCACAAAUUCAGCAGCCAACGGAUCCUACUCCCUCUACGGAAACAGGAACAUCAAACAAGAAGACCCUCCUCACCGGGCGAAGGUCAUCCGGUUUCAUCCACGACGUUAAAGCCAACACCUACGUCCGCCCCAUCCUCAACGAAGCCCUAUCCCCCAUAGCAUCCCAAAGCAUCCAAAGAUUUAGCACUUGGGCUUCCCGCUCCGCAACAAUGUUUCACGUCACAAAACUCGCCGAAGGCUCCUACGGCGAAGUCUACAAACUCUACCUCCGCGACGAAGCCUCCCGGCCCAUAGUCUCCAAGUCCAAGCUCGCCAAGCUCCGCGCCUAUGGCGACGGCGUGUUCAAAGUCGUCCCGCUCCGUGCGCAGAGCGGACCCGGCUCCAAGAAGUUCACGACCGUCGAGGAAAUCGCCUCCGAGGCCAAGAUGCUCAAGUACCUGGACCCGAUUCCUGGCUUUGCACGGUUCCGGGAGAUUCAUGUCGUGCAGGGCCGGUUUCCGGAGUCAUUUCAGAGUGCAUGGGAUCAUUAUAAGAAAACCAAGGAUGAUUGUUUAAAUCCGAACCCGGCGAGUAAGAAGGCGUACCCGGACUCGCAGUUGUGGGCGAUUAUCGAGAUGGACGAUGCAGGGCAUGAGUUGGAGAAGUGUUCCUGGUCGUCCGUCUUCCAGAUAUAUGAUAUCUUCUGGGGUGUGGCGAUGGCUUUGGCACGGGCGGAGGAGUAUGCUAUGUUUGAGCAUCGUGAUCUUCAUUUGGGCAAUGUUUGUAUCCGUUCUGUCAAGCCAGAUGGAAAUAUGGAACCCCCAACGGACCUUGACGUUGCACGUCAAUCUUCUCCUAGCGGAUUCGGAUCCAGCUCUCUGGAGACCACUAUCAUCGACUAUUCACUCUCCCGCGCUGAACUCCGCCUUGCCGAUCUACCGGAUGAUCCAGAAGGUAUUGUCGAGAUUGCAUCAUCGGAUCUGGACAAAAGGCAGAUCUUCGAUGCAAUCGGCCAAGAUGAAGAUGAGGCUUUGCUGAGGGAUACAUACCGAUAUAUGCGCGCAACCGUCUACACUGGGAUUCCUACGGACACCGAGAAACCGCCAUGCGUCCCCGGUAUCUGGGCUGAAUAUGCUCCGCGGACGAACCUCGUCUGGCUUCUUUUCCUGCUCAAGAAUCUCCUGAAGAAUCGCAAGCCCGAAGUCCCGCAGACCAUUGCCCAGCCACAGCGCAAUGCCCUUGCGCCCUGCUCUCCGAAUAGGGCGAUGACGAGUUUGCAGCCUGCGAACGGCAAGCCACUUGCAGCGAAACAUACCAGUGUGGGAGGCGCUCUUGUCAAGGAGCGACAAACCAAGGACCUCCAAGCUCGAAUUGCGCAGCUCAAACAAACGCUCGAGGGUCGAUUAAAGUCUGUCCUUGACCUCUUGGAUCUCGAACAUGGACACGAGGAUAUGUGCUGCGCGGCCGAUCUGGUUGCUUACGCGAUGGAUUCGCAAUGGUUGGCUGAGCAAGACUUCUUCUGA